GAUAUUGCGAUCUCUGCAUAUAUGCGGCUAUUUCUGUUGUGCGAGUAUGCGAGUGAACAUGCUGAUUUUAUCUGAACAGCAAAUUCGUUUUCUGUAGGAUUUAGUGCCAGUAUAUUGACAAACAUUUGUUUUUCGACUUACAUCAACUUUGCUUUAGGUAAGUAAUGAAUUCUUGAUGUUUACACGUUUAGAACGAUAUAAAUGUGUAGAACGGCUUGGUGUUCAAAGCAUCUGCGGGUAGUUAAAAGUGAUCUUUACACAACCUUUUCUUUCUUCACAUAAUACAUUCGAAAUAAGAACUAUAAUAUGAUUUUAAUAAAUGUAACAAUCAUAGACAACUAACCUCAAUUAGUUAACUAACCUCAAAUGAUCAAAACAGUUAUUUUAAUAUUAGCUGCGAGCUACUGCGAAUAUGUUGUCUGUGUCAAACGUAUGCAGUUCAAUAAUUAAAUGUUGUCAAUACUUGCAUUGUUGUAAUACAGAAAUGCCUCUGUAUUUUAUUUUUACAUACAGAGUAUAUGUUACAGAUAAUGGACGACCAAAAAUAUAUGGUGUGUGAGUUUCCAAAUGAAGAAAAUAGUAUAGCUAUUGGAUAUUUGGAAUGGUUGGAAGAUAAAUUUACUGAAUUAGAUGAUAUAAUUAAACACGAAACGCUAGUGAAAGUUCGAUGGCCAAAAGACUGCGAUAUAGGCCCAACAACAGCAAUGAAAAAAAAAUUAACCAAUUGUCAGUGGGAGGUGGUUGUAACAAAAUUAUGUGCACAUGGAGAAUGGGUCAAAAUGUGCGAAAUUAGAGAUAACUUGGAAAAGUAUGGUAUUAUUGAACUUGAUAAACAUGAUAGGAAACAGUUCACAAGAAAACAAACAACAGAUAUUGACAAAUCAAAAGUAAAAGAAACAAAAAAAAGCGCAGUAUCAAAACAAAAGGUAUAUAACAUUUAUUUUACAUAAUUAAAUAUGAAUGAUUUUAAAAAAUGUUAUGCUAAAAAUUAAUUUAUUAUAUUUAUUUAAUUUAACCAAUGUUUUUCUAUUUAUA